AUGAAUAAUUCAAAACGAAUUGUAUCAUUUUUUAUUUGGGAUCCAGUAUUGGAACGUAAAAUUGAUUGUGAAAUUAAGAUCAUAGAUGGAAUUAGUAAACUACUUAAUGUAGUUACAACACUUGAACAAACAAUUGAAUGUCAUAAGGCUCUUAUUCUUUCUCAACAACGGAUGUUAACAUAUAUGGCUGAACUACAAAGAAAACAAGAAAAUUUACUUAAGCAUGAUAAUAUCAACCUUACACCAACAAAAGCAACAAUUAUUCUUUCUGAUAUUCGUUUACCAUUAAUAUGGACAAAAAUGAAAGCUAAAUCAGAACAAAAAACAUUUGCUGUCUUUUGUUUGGCACGUAUUGGAUGUGAAAUAAUUGAUACGACUAUACAAUUUAUUGAUAAACAAACAGUUGAAAUAUAUUUUCCCGAUAAACUUAUUUUUGAUAAUGUUCCACAUAAUUUUCAAUUACAUUUAGAAAUUUAUGCAUUAAAUAAACGCCUUGCUUUAUCAUCAUCCGUUAAAGAUUUUGCUGAUCGUUAUAGUUAUUUUUCAACACAUGGUUCACCAAAAUUACGACGAAAAACAUUAGAAGCAAUUUCAACAGAUUCAAAAUCAUCGAAUGAAUCACAAUCAAAAUUUGUUUUAAUUGCUCAAACAAUAUUUACAAAAGAAUCUAUAAAUAAACUACCCAAAGUUCGUUAUUUAAAAAUGGAACGUCCACAAGAAAAUCCGCUUAUGCAAUUACCAAUAAACGAAACAUUUCUUGCAUGUUUUAUUGCUCAACCAUUAUGUUAUACACGUUUAGCAACAUUUGCUGGUAUUGUCAAAAUCUAUAAUGUACAAUAUUCAUGUACAUUAACUGCUGGAUUUUUAAAUGGUGAAGAAAUUAUGCGAGAUGAUUAUUCAGAUCAACAUCGAUUUUCUAUAGCAAUUACAUCGGAUACAAUUAUUUUACCACAUAGUGAAGAUUUAUCAUUUUCAGUUUAUAAUCGUGGUUUUGCUAUUGAAAAAUUUUUUGUUGAAGAUGUAUUUACAUUAAAUAAUUGGAUUCGAGCAUUGCAGCAACAUAUUAUUGAUGUUGGUACUUGGCAAUCAACUCUCGAGCAUCUACCUUCUAUGAGACGUCAUUCUCAUCAUGCAUUAACUUCAACACCAACAUCGUCGAUUAGUAAUAGAACAUUAACAAAAAGGAAUAAGUUAAGAACAAAAGCGAGAUCAUUCCAUGAUAUUUAUCAACCGGAUGAUUCCUCUCAAACAGUUGAUCAUCUCAAUACUAAUAAAGAUGACGACGAUAGUGAUUUAUCAUUAUAUCGUACACGUUUAAUAACGACGACGACGACAACAGCUUCGUCGUCACCUUCUCAUGAUAAUACUCGAUUAUCAACAACAUCAUCAUCAUCAUCGUCAUCGUCGUCAUCAAAUAUAGCUAAACCAAAACGUCAUCGAACUCGUUUUACACCAGCACAAUUGAAUGAACUUGAAAGAUCAUUUAGUAAAACACAUUAUCCAGAUAUUUUCAUGCGAGAAGAAUUAGCAGUACGAAUUGAUUUAACCGAAUCACGAGUUCAAGUUUGGUUUCAAAACCGCCGUGCUAAAUGGAAAAAACGUAAAAAAAGUACGAAUGUUUUUCGACAACAUUCUGAAUCAUUAACUCCAUAUGGAUGUUUAUUAAAUACAUCAAUAGAUGGGCAGUCUUCAUUAUCACAAACAGAUCAUCAUUAUCAUCAUCAACAUUUGAAGUGGCCACCAACUAAUAAUAAUUCGAAUCAAUUCUCAUUUUCAUCACCAAAUUUUUCACAUAUGGAUCAAACAUUACCACCACAUUUUUAUACAUCAAAUGCAAUAACUGAUUAUGUUAAUGUACCUCCACCACGACCACCACCACCGCCGCCGCCGCCGCCAUCUACUUCACUUUUUUCGGGUGCAUUACCAUCGAUAAUCAAUAUCGAUUCGAUUAAUUCAAGUUCAUCAUCAACAUCAUAUAAUUUAACAUUUUCUUCUCCAUCUACAACAAUAUCUUCAGGUUUAACAACAAAUGGUAAUGAAGAUAUUUGGCGUGGUUCAAGUAUUGCUACUUUAAGACGUAAAGCUGUUGAACAUCAAGCAGAAAACAAUAAUAAUAAUUACAAGUGA